UGGUCUGUGUUUGGCGUCUGAUGCCAAUCGAACUACCAAAGAAACGACAUCUCUUCGAUCCCAUCUGCUCUCUUCUUCUUCUCUCUCUCCCACUCACUCAGAUUCAAUCAAUCGAGCUGCUCUUCUCGUGAUUUUCGCCCAGCCUUUCCCAUAUAUCCGCCGCUAGUCCACUCUGGAGGGGGGAGGACUGAGCGACUGAGUAUUCGCGACUAAUUUGGUGGCGGUGUGGGUUUUGGUGGGGAGUGAGAGAGAGAGGUGGGGCACGAUUGUUUGGCGGCUGCUGUGCGAGGGGAUUAGAGAGGUAUUGGAUUGGGAUGGCGGCCUCAUCGGCGGUGUGUUCUUGGCUAAUGGCCGCAUGCAUGUCAGUUGCUUGCGAAAAGGAUUCUUCGAUUUCCAAGUUCUCGACGACGUCGUCUGGCACAUCCCGACUCAGCAAGUGGGCGGCGCGCCGCAGGAGAAGGGAAUGUGCUCCGCACUUGUCUCGAUUUCGCAAUCUCGUGAGCUCUUGCUCGGUCUCCGAGUCUUGUGAUCAGUUCUCUAAAUCUCCGCAUGCUUCCGACUUAUUUUUGGGGUUGGAAUCGAGGAAUGUUUCCCUGCACCGCCGGCGCGGGAAACUUCAUCGCCCCGCCGCUCAUUCUGGUUCCUCUCUUAUGGUUUCACCUCGAGAAGGAGAAGCAAUGGCAGCUGCUGUUCAUCCUGCAAUGGAAAUUACACCCAAGAAGAAACCUCAAACAAAGCAAAGGAGAGUGGUUGUGACAGGUAUGGGUGUGGAGACAUCAAUUGGCAACAAUCCAGAUACGUUCUACAAUAACUUGCUUGAUGGAGUCAGUGGCAUAAGUGAAAUAGAAGCUUUUGAUUGCUCCCAGUUUCCAACAAGAAUUGCUGGAGAAAUCAAAUCAUACUCUACAGAUGGCUGGGUCUCCCCCAAACUUUCCAAAAGAAUGGAUAAUUUCAUGCUUUACAUGCUGACUGCGGGCAAAAAGGCGCUGGCUGAUGGAGGAAUUACAGAAGAUGUCAUGGAUGAAUUGAACAAAGCAAGAUGUGGAGUGCUGAUCGGUUCUGCAAUGGGUGGUAUGAAGGUCUUUAGUGAUGCAAUUGAAGCUUUGCGGAUCUCUUACAGGAAGAUGAAUCCAUUUUGUGUACCUUUUGCUACUACAAACAUGGGCUCUGCCAUACUUGCUAUGGAUUUGGGAUGGAUGGGCCCCAACUACUCAAUAUCCACUGCUUGUGCUACAAGCAAUUUCUGUAUAUUGAAUGCUGCUAACCACAUCAUCCGAGGUGAAGCUGACAUGAUGCUUUGUGGUGGCUCAGAUGCAGCAAUUAUACCAAUUGGAUUAGGAGGCUUUGUUGCAUGCAGAGCACUCUCUGUGAGGAAUGCUGAUCCUACUAAAGCUUCACGCCCGUGGGAUAGAAACCGUGAUGGAUUUGUGAUGGGGGAAGGGUCUGGAGUAUUACUUUUGGAAGAACUUGAGCAUGCUAAGAAAAGAGGUGCAACUAUAUAUGCAGAGUUUCUUGGUGGAAGCUUCACUUGUGAUGCUUAUCACAUGACAGAACCUCACCCCAAAGGAGCUGGGGUAAUUCUCUGCAUAGAAAAGGCUCUGGCUCAGUCAGGAGUAUCCAAGGAAGAGGUCAAUUACAUAAAUGCACAUGCCACAUCUACCCCAGCUGGUGAUCUUAAGGAAUAUGAAGCUCUUAUUAAAUGUUUCGGUCAGAACUCGGAGUUAAAAAUCAACUCCACAAAAUCUAUGAUUGGUCACCUUCUUGGUGCAUCUGGUGCUGUUGAAGCUGUAGCAACUGUGCAGGCUAUUCGGACUGGCUGGGUUCAUCCAAAUGUGAAUCUUGAAAACCCAGACGAUGCUGUGGACACCAAUGUGCUGGUAGGACCAACAAAAGAAAGGCUGGAAAUUAAGGUGGCUCUAUCUAAUUCUUUCGGGUUUGGUGGCCACAAUUCAUCAAUUUUGUUUGCUCCAUUUAAGUAGACUUCAUGGCACUUCAAUUGAGGAGAGCAUCAUGGUGGAGUGGUUCCGGUUGUAAGUUGGCUGCAUUGGACAAUUCGAUGGACCGAGCACAUGGAGAGAAGAGAUGAAUUGAAAUGAAUUGAAUUGAAUUGAUGUGGGUAGCUUGUGAGUCCAUCAUCACUGUUUUAACCUUUGCCAGAGAUCACUAAAUGCAGUAUUUUUGUGAGCACUAACCCUGGAUUUGGAUUGAAACGAGCUGUUUUCUAUGUACUAUUAUCCAGUAUUGCAAAAACUUGCUCGUUAGCUAACCUGUAUGAUUAAAUUUUGGUUCCUUUCUUUUAUGGCUGACUAAACAAUGUUAAAUAGUGUCGGUAUAUCCCGUAUUUCUUUACCUUCU